AUGCUGGGCCAUGAUGACGACGACGACAGUGAUGAGCCGACGCACAAGGAGCCCAAGUUGGAACCAGACUCCCCUGACAGGCCUAACCCUAACCCCAUCAACCCCGACCGGCCCACCCUGUCCAAGGCAGCCGCCGAGCUCGCUAAAGUAACCCAGGAGCAGACCGUAACCACUCUGAAGAGGCUUCGGGAUUGGUACAAGGACAAGUCUGGCGCAGGCUACGUCGUGGCCAUCACCAACGAAGCCGGCGGCGUGCUCGUCCAGAAGGUGGCGAAUCGCAAGGUGCGCCAGACGUUGUCCUCGCGCAUAGCGGAGUAG